UUCUCUCUCUCUCUGGUUGGCUUCUGCAUACCAAAGAAUGAACACUGCAGUUUUUGAGAAAAUGGAUUACUUUUCUCCCGUUUCCCGUUGAUCUCCAAAUCUGACAAUUCCCCAGAUUUCCCCACUGCCCAAUAAAAAUUCCCAGAAAGGGGAAACAGUCGGUUAUUACAGUUAUUCACGAAGCACAUAGCUCAUCAGGAUUUGCUGCCGAGUUUUGUGUCUCUACAAAAUGCCAUCGCAGCAGAUUCUGCCCAUAACAUAUCACCCCCCUUCAGAGAAAUCGCUACGCAAAGAAGCAGAGGACGACCCGACAACCGGGCUUCUCUUGUACUCGAAUUUCGAGGAUGAAGAAAAGAACACGCCUCUCAAGCCCCUUCUCCCCAGGGUCUCCAGCUACACAACCACCAGCGCUGCCGCUGCCAACAACCACCAGCAACGGCGGCGCCGGACCGCCAGCGACAGCUCCCUUUCUUCCCACUCCGAUGAGGGUAGCCGCCACUCCUUGGCCGGCGAUGUGGAGCACGCUGCUGCCGAGACGUUCUUGGUGACCCGGUUGAGUUUGAAGCUGUUAAAAUAUCUUGGGGUAGGCUACAGAUGGAUUACAAGAUUUCUCGCCCUUGGUUGCUAUUCGUUUUUACUUAUGCCAGGUUUUAUUCAAGUUGGCUAUUAUUAUUUCUUCUCCCGUCAGGUUCGCAGAGGUAUAGUUUAUGGUGAUCAACCAAGAAAUAGGCUAGAUCUGUAUCUACCCAAAAAUAGCGAUGGGCCAAAGCCAGUCAUUGCAUUUGUAACUGGUGGAGCCUGGAUUAUUGGUUACAAAGCAUGGGGUUCUCUUUUAGGACAGCAGUUAUCAGAAAGAGACAUCAUAGUGGCAUGCAUAGAUUACAGAAAUUUUCCUCAGGGUACUAUCAGUGAUAUGGUAAAGGAUGCUUCUCAAGGCAUCUCAUUUGUGUGCAAUCAUAUUGCUGAUUAUGGAGGCGACCCAAAUAGGGUUUAUGUAAUGGGACAAUCGGCUGGUGCACAUAUUGGUGCCUGCACCCUCGUUGACCAGGCAAUUAAGGAGGCCGGCGAAGGAGAGAGCUCUUCUUGGAGUCUCUCCCAGAUAAAGGCUUACUUUGGUUUGUCUGGAGGGUACAAUUUGCUUAACUUGGUGGAUCACUUCCACCGCCGAGGUCUGUAUCGUUCAAUCUUUUUAGGCAUAAUGGAAGGAGAACAAUCUUUGCAACGUUUUUCUCCAGAACUCAUGAUUCAGGACCAGAAUGUUAGAAAUGCUGCUUCUCUCCUACCUCCUAUUAUUUUGUUUCAUGGUACUGCAGAUUACUCCAUACCAUCAGAUGCCAGCAAGAAUUUUGCAGAAACUCUUCAGAGACUUGGAGUGACAGCUGAGUCGAUUCUUUAUGAAGGGAAGACUCAUACGGAUUUGUUUCUUCAGGAUCCAAUGCGUGGUGGUAGAGAUGAUAUGUUUGAAGAUUUAGUAGCUAUCAUUCAUGAAGGUGAUUUAGAGGCUCUCGCCAAAGAUGCUGUGGCUCCGCCAAGAAGGCGCCUUGUGCCUGAGUGCAUGUUGAAGUUGGCUCACCGUGUCAGCCCGUUCUAGCCAAUUUUUGUUAAUCAUUUAUCAACCCUAAAACCUAGUUUCUUGGUGAUUGAUUGUAUUCAUUUUGUACAUAUCAUUAAUGACACGUGAAGUUUUUACCCCUUAUUUUUUGUCCAACCUUCAGAAUUAUCCAAUUCUCGUCUCAAUAUCAAAGAUUUUCUCUCCCUUAUUCUUGUUCAUA